AUGGCAAAGUACACAGACUAUUUGAGAAAGCUAUACUAUACUCCCGGAAAUCCAGGUGCAUUUGCAGGUCCUGAGAAACUUUAUCAGGCUGUAAAAAAAGAAGGAAAGCAUAAAAUUGGAAGAAUGAGAAUUAGACAAUUUUUGAAUAACGAGGAUCCCUACAGUUUAUUAAAACCUAUCCGUCGGUCAUUUCCUCGCUCUAAGGUUGUAGUGAAUACGAUUGACUCCAUGUGGGAUGGUGAUUUAGCCCAUGUCAGCAACAUUUCUUCCGAGAACGAUGGUUAUAAAUUUUUGUUAGUGUUAAUAGAUAUAUUCAGUCGCUUUUUAUUCAUAGUACCUUUGAAAAAUAAGCAGCAUCAAAACGUCACAGAAGGUUUAAAAUCAGUUUUUCAAACAGGACGAAAACCUCAAACGCUCAGAACAGACGAAGGGAGCGAAUUUAAAAAUCGCUCGGUAAAAGCGUUUUUAAAAAAAGAGGGUGUGCAUGUCAUAUACACCCAGAAUGAAACUAAAGCAAACUAUGCCGAAAGAGUUAUUCGUACCAUGAAAAAUCUUAUGUAUCGUUAUUUUCUGAAAAAUAGAACAUACCGUUAUGUUGAAGUUUUACAAGAUUUAGUGACUAGUUAUAACCAGAGACCUCAUAGAUCUCUAGGGGAGCAAGCACCUGUAACUGUCACCAAGGAAAAUGCAGAUGAAGUGAGACUCAUUUCCUAUCUCAAUACGAGGAAAAAGAAUCCUGUGAGCAAAAACAAGUUGGAAAAAACAAUAAAAUCGUUUAGUAAAAAGAAAAGGACUAAACCACUUUUUAAGUACAAAAUAGGAGAUGACGUACGUAUUUCACAGCUUAAACAUCCAUUUCAAAGAGACUACCAGCAAAAAUGGACUGAAGAAUAUUUUAAAGUGUCUAAUCGCUACAAGAGAGCUGGUAUACCUGUGUACAAAAUAAAGGAUUUAGCCGAUGAUCCAAUAGAAGGCACUUUUUAUGAAUCGGAACUUCAAAAAGUCAUGAAGUCGGGAGAUAUUCUGUAUAGAGUGGAAAAGGUGUUGAAAAAGAGAAAACGCGGUAAUACAAAGGAAGUGUACGUAAAAUGGGAAGGAUGGCCUAGUAAAUUCAAUUCGUGGAUUCCCGAAAGUUCUCUAGAAAACACCAAAUAA